AUGUUGACCACGUUUUUGGCUACCGUUCAUUGCGGCUCGUCUGUGCCUGUACCGAGUGCGUCUCGUUUAGCACGAAAGCGCAACAUUUGCCUUGCACGUUCUCAGACAGGUAAUACCAAACCCGUCGAAGAAUUAUGUUGGUAUCACCGCCAAUAUGGUGAAAGAGCUAGACGUUAUGGGGCUCGGUGCAUCCGGCACGGCCCAGCUGCUUCAUGGAAAGCGAAUAACCCGCAUACUAGCAUGACAAACGCAUCAGUCAAUAACCAAGCAGAUCGCUUGUUUUACAUUAAGGAUCAACGUUCUUCCAUCACGUUCCUCAUCGGCACGGGAGCGGAAGUCAGCGUCAUCCCAGCGACCGCUAACGACAAGCACUCAGCGCCUACGUACAAUUUGCGUGCGGCCAACGGUUCGCCGAUAGCUUCAUUCGGUCAACGUAUUAUGAACCUGAACAUCAAUUCGCGCCGAGAUUUUCAGUGGGUUUUCAUGGUUGCGUCUGUACCCUUCGCAAUUAUCAGUAUCGAAUUCCUCCGACAUUUUGGGUUGCUUGUUGAUGCUGGUCGCCACAGACAUUUAGACGACCGUACUAAACUAGGGGUUGAAAGCGUUCUUACGGACGCCCCGAUGAUCAGUCCCGUUUUCCGAAACGUCGAGGUGUCAACAGAUUAUGCGAACCUACUGUCUGAAUACCCGCGACUGGUACUACCAGCUGCAGAGCUUCCACCAGUCACGACAGACGUCGCUCAUCCCAUAGUCACGCGCGGUCAACCAGUUAGCGCACGACCAAGACGGCUUGCUCCUGACAAACUACGUGCAGCACGAGCUGAAUUCGACCGCAUGCUUCAGCUCGGUAUCGUCAGACCGUCCAACAGCCCAUGGGCGUCGCCUCUGCACAUGGUCCCGAAGAAGGUCAUGGAGGACUGGCGUCCUGGCGGCGACUAUCGAACCUUGAAUACAGUGAACACGCCUGAUCGCUACCCGAUACCACACAUCGUGGAUCUCAUCGUUAAUCUGGCGGGUAAAAUAUCUCCAGCAAAAUCGACUUGGUACGCGCAUACAACCAAAGUCCGGUAG